GACCCUUCAACUUCUCCCAAAUUCCCAAUACAUGGCAGAAUAAAUAAGUAAAUAAAUAAAUAAAUAAAAGCACUUAAAUUUGUCAAAUCCAAAUCAAAUUAGACGAUGCAUAAGAUAGAUAAAAGAAGCGAACCUAAUAAUAGCCCUCAUUUCACCUUCCCCAGCUUCCCUGUUUUUCUUGGCUCUUUUCCCCUCUCUUGACACCCCAAACUAUUCUCUUUGCAACAAUAUCCCAUCAUUUCCUCUAUCAAACUUGUUGAUCUUUGAAAUGGCGUUACUUUCAGUUGAAAGUCUUGUUUACCCUAUAAUUCAUUCCGUUUCUUCUCGUCUUUCUUUCUUUCUAUCAAGAUACUACAACGUCGUUGUUUUGUGAUUUUGACGUGCAGCUUAUGGACAAGCAUACAACAACGACUGUUUUGGUGUGACCUCGUUAAGAGAUCUCGAUCGCCUCAAGGUUUUGUAACUUAAUACCCCUUUCCGUUAAUUGUUUUUCUUUCUUUCUUUGGUUGCAGAGUUGGCUAAGAAGAAAGCCAAGGGAGGAGAUUUAUCAGUUAUAAGGACGAAAGCGGCCUAUCCAUUUUCCAUUUUCCCGCGAUUGCCUGUAGAAAAUGGAUAUGCAAGUAUCUUAUCGAGGAACUUAAACUGAGUGUUGAUGAUUUCAUUGAUGACAUGUAAUAAUAAUACUUGCAAAAAACCUGGUGUUAGUUGCCCCUGGCUUUAAGCCAUUGUUUUAACUUUAAGGUUUUUUUUUUUUAUUUUUUACUUUUGGAAAUUCGCUGUUUUGUUUUACCAGGUUUCAUUCCUUUACAUAAAGCUGGUAAAACAAUAUACUCUUGCUAUUUAUCUUCUUGACAAGGGAGCAAAUCCCAAUGCUGCAGAUAAUCACGCCAAUACUCCUUUGCAUAUGGUUGCUAAAUGGGACCUCAGAAACUUUUGGAGUAUUUAAUUGACAAAGGUGCUGAAAUUGAUGCAAAAUCAGAUGCUGGAACACCAUUGCAACUUGCAGCAUCUGAAAAUAGGAAAGAUAUUAUGGAAGUUUUCCUGGAUAACCGUGCCAAUUGAAGGAUGAUUAAGCCAAAUGUUACCUCCCCUGAUCUAAGUUCCCUAUUGUAUUCAUCGGUUGUGAAUGGAUCAUUUGAAUGUGUGAAGCUGUUGCUCCAGGCAGGGGUAGAUCCAAACUUUGUCUCUCAGGGAGAUACACCCUUAGGGAUUGCAGCCACUACAGGUGGGACAGAAAUUAUCGAGUGCUUGUUGGAUGCUGGAGCUGAUCCAGAUGUCCCUAAUCUUGUUGGAAGUAUACCUACUGAACUAGCUGCGUCGCAUAACAAAUGAGAAGCAGUCUUGUGCCUAUUACCAGUUAAUGGAGUGUUGAUGGAAUACUAAACUUUGUUGGCUCUAAGGAUGCUACAAUAAAAAGGUAUUACAAGAUUGUUGUUCCCAAAUAGUUGCAAAUUACAUAAUUCCCCUCUUUUCGUUGUAUUAAGUGUGUGUAUGUGCUUAUAUAUAAGCUUCUUGGUCAUUUUGAAUUAUAUAUUGUUUCAAUCCUUUGGUCUAGUUUGCUUCUUUGGCUAUUGUAUUUCCCAAGGUAGAUUGAAUUUUUAACAACUCAGGUUGAACAACAAUGA